AUGGGUGCAAGAACUCUGCGAUUGCCUAUCAUUACUGACAUCAAACACAAAGGGAUGCAUUUUAUUAUUAUGGAUUCUCCUUCGAAAACGAAUGUGCCUUACUUUGUGGAGGAAUGUUCGAAGCUUAACGUAUCUGAUGUUGUUCGUGUAUGUGAAGACCGGUACCCUGUGGAACCUUUUGAAAAUGCUGGGAUAUGUGUACAUCAUUGGGAAUUCAGUGAUGGUUCGCCUCCACCAGAGAAUAUUCUCACAGAAUGGUUCACUCUCCUCAGAAAUCGAUUUUAUGGGGAAAAUAAUAGCACUCAUGAUGAUCAAAACCACCUGGUACCUGGGCCAAUCGCUGUUCAUUGUAUAGCUGGAUAUGGAAGUUUUUAUACAUAUAUUUUUGUUUGCGGCUUUUCGCAAAAGGACAAGCGUCAAAUAACUUACAUUUUCCCUGAUAUUUAUGUUCCUGCACAUGGUGACAAGUCUUUUUAUCAAUCAUUAGCAAAACCGCUUCUAACCCCAACUUACUUGAAUUGUUAUUUAUUCAACCGUUGAUAUGAUUUGUGAUAAAAGUGACUUAUCUGACAACUCUUCGAACUAAAAUAUGAAAGCUUCCCUUCUCCUCAAAACGCCUACUACUCCAAAACACAUCUAGUAUAGACCUCUGAAAAAUCCAAAAUAUAUUAAGUUCACUCAAUUACAUACCGAUUCAAUUCAGUGAUUGGUAUUUACGAAAAUUAUUAAACUAAACAACUAUCACUUGGACACGAAAUCAGAGAGAGCUAAUUAAUAUGAUAAAACGCAGUGAAAAUUAACUAGGUUAAGAUCACAUUCAAAACCAGUGAAAAUCUCACUCAAUUUCUGUAUACUAAAUUAAAUUUGGGGAGUUUUGUUCCUCUGCAUAUCAAAUACUUAUAAUUCAUUUGAUUGACGUUUUUCCAAAGGCUUAUUAUCUUUCUCUAAUCUCAGUCAAUAACUUAUUUAUUGCUUUUGGCUUUAUUGAGUUCUUUAGGCAUCUUAUUAGUUUUCUUCCAACUUGUCAUAGUGGACAAAUAUUGUUGCAACAACCACGUGAAUAUUUAUGUAAUAGGAUGUCAGUCGCUCAUUUUAUGCAAACUGUUGGUAAUACUAAUUUCACAAACAAUAUAUAAAGCUGAUUUUUAAACCCUUGACUUACUGAUCGAAGAUCGUACGUCUAAACCGUUAAGUCAAACCUGAAUUUAGACAUACGGUUGUAGUUAAGUAAGGUUCUGUGCCUUAUUGUCCAUGGAAUUGGCUUUUAACUAAUACGGAACAGGCUUGGACCGCACCCCAAUUACUUUGGCUUGGGCACCCGAAUAGGCCUUGAUAGCUGAUAAAGCUAUGUCUAUAAACUUAUGGGUCCUUGAUUUGCUCAUAUAUGGGGACCCGAAUGAACUAACCGUAGCUGAUGAAUAGGAGGUAUGUUUUUAUAGAAAGUGGCUGUAGGAAGAGCCAAUCAGGCUAGGCACUAAUCAACUACGUAACAUAAUUAAACGGACAGGCAUCAGCGAAAUAGAGCCUGGUACAUAUGUUCAUUUGCCCAAGUUACCAUACCUGAUUAACACGACGAGAUAAAAAUAAUAAAAGAUCGAAAUAACGUAGUAGUAAUGAAAAUCAGAAGGACUAAAUCUUGGGGACAUGUUAUGAAAAGACAGUGAAAAGAUGUACGGUGUACUGAAGUCCGAAAUCUAGAAUAAGGUAAAGAAUGAACGCGUCUAUGGCAUUUUGAAGGAUUCUGAGCGAUGUCACUCAAAAUCUCCAACCACUGAUCACAGUUAUCACUCAUACCAAUAAUCUAUGACUUCAUGAACUGACGCUACAUUUUCGUAUGGCUACUAGCUUUCUUCCAAACUACUUAUAUAUUAGCAAGCAUUGAUCAUCAAGGCAGAAGCUGGCUAGACGUGCGUAACACAGAUUUCAAAUUGCCAACUUUUAAAGGAAGCCAAACACCUUUUUUGAUGAAAUUCUGUAGUUAAUAAUCGAUACAUAAUUUAAAUAAGUAAUGUGAUUCUUCUAGCGCCUCUAUGAAGAAAGCUUGUAUACAACAUAGACUUUUCACUCUAAUUGGCGACAAUGUAGAAAAAGAUAGUAGUAGUCUCGUUCAUCGUGUUGAAUUCGUAGUUGCGAAAUAAUAGCUUAGUGCACAAAAUUAUCAUAGUCCUGUCAUAAUUUUCUACUACAUUCCCCACAAAGGGAGAUUAACUCUAUCAACUGAAAUGUGUCUUUCUUGGCUGUAUCUUAUUUGAUACUAGCCUUGUCCAUUUAUUGACAAAUUGUAUGAUUUCCUUUUAUUUCACAAUAUUAUUACUUCAUUUAUAAGGCGAACCUCUGUAUUACUAACACGGUGUUGCCACUGGAUGUCUGCAAUCCUUCGGAGACAACGAUGACCGAACACAGAGAGUCGUCUAACGU